GCUGUUUUGCAGCAGUUGACGUAGCUCAAUUUGUGUUGUGAUGUGUUUCUGCUUAAGAAUAAACAAAUAAAUAAAUUUGCUCAACGAAAGAACUUAAAAAUGGAUUUGGAAUAUGAGCGGGUGUUAAAGUUAAUAUUUCCUGAUGGUGUGCCAGAAAACUUGCGGGAUAAUCCGGAAUUGCAGAAUUAUUUGUCAAAACUGGGCACAUACAAAGUAGAACAAUUAAAGAAAGAACAGACGCGUCUCACAGAGGAAACAAAAAACAUAUUGGAGGAAACGCAGGAAUUGGCAAUUUCUAAUUACAAAACCUUCAUACACACCGCAGAAAACUCACGUACCAUUUUUCGUGAAUUCCAAAAUGCGGAGGAGCAGCUGUCUGCGAUGACUGAAAUAUUGCCCGAAUUUAGUGAGAAAUGUGAGCAAUUUUUGACCAAUUCAGCUGAAAUACAUGAAAAUAGACGCAUAAAUACGAUAACACUUAAAAAAAAUUCCAAAUUAUUGGAAAUAUUGGAAUUACCACAGCUGAUGGAACGUUGCAUUCGUGAAGGUCGUUACGAAGAAGCGCUGGAGCUAGCUAGUUAUGUGCAGAAAAUGGGACAAAAUCAAAUUCAUAUACCAAUUAUAAGUACGAUUGUUAGUUCUGUAGAAGCUUUGUGGCAUACGAUGUUGGUGCAACUCAUAGCGCAACUGCGUACUGAUUUGCAAUUACCGAAGUGCCUACAAAUCGUGGGUUACUUAAGACGCAUGCAGGCAUUUAGCAGUAAUGAGUUGAAGUUAAAAUUUCUGCAGGCUCGUGAUGUUUGGUUGACAGCAUCGUUACAGGCAAUUCCAGUGGACGAUGCUCAUCAACAUUUAAUCAAAACAAUUGAACUGACACGCAUAAAUCUUUUCAAUGUAAUCACACAAUAUUGUGCAAUAUUUCCUGAUGAACUUGAAACAACUGCAAUAGAUGCAGAAAAGGCAGCAGCAGAUGCAGCAGUAGUAAGUGACAGUAACUCAGCCUCAACAACAACGCCGACAAAGUUAAAUAAUGCUUUGUCAAUUAUGGAGUCCGCAGGGGAUAGACUUUUUCAAGCUUGGCUGCAUCGAAAGAUCGAUGAUUUUUUGCAAACAUUGGAAUUCGAUUUGGAACGGGAUGUUAAUUCGUUCGAUGCAGUGCUUGGACAGUGUAUGUACUUUGGUUUAUCUUUUAGUCGAGUGGGAGCCGAUUUUCGUACAUUAAUGGUGCCAAUAUUUGUGCGCGUUAUAAGAAAUAAAUUUAUAAAUUCCAUUAGUCAAGUCAAUCAAAAUUUCGAAUACGCCUUGGACAAGUACACAUUGAUAAAUAAGGUUGCCUUGCAUGCUAGGAAUACAAGUAAUAAACAGAAUGCAGUUGUAAAUGCUCCUACGGAUACCACGGAUGCACCAGAUAAAGAUGCUAGUAAACCCAAAGAUAAUGAAUCGCUUGGACCACCAGAAACUUUACUUGAUUUUCAGCCUUUAGCCUUACUUUGCAAUGGUUACUUGAAUGCCUUGAAUGAGUUGCGCUUGUGCGCGCCAAUCGCUUUAGCCAAUGAUGUCACAUAUUGCAUACAAAAAUCACUAGAAAUAGUAGCAUUACGCAUAUUGGCCUUCUAUCGUCAGGAGCAGCAAGCUUUUACCAGUAGUGAACGUGAAACAUUUGGUAAAUUAUGUUCAUGUUUUGCUUAUGAUCUACUGGCGUACCUGCAACGUUGCAUCCACGCCAUUUUUGGUACAGAGACGCUGAUGCAACAAAUGGGUGUGAAUAUUUCAGUGUUGGAGCAAGAGCAUAUUACAUUUCUGAAGCAUAAUGAAAUACUGGAACCACUUAAACACUUGCUGCCAAAAAGAAUUGAACCACAGAUUAAUAAAACGUCAGCAAUAACGCCAAUGCCACAAGCAGAAAUGAAUACUACAGAAAUUGUUGUAGGUUAGGCAGUAGAACAAUGCCUUCUAUUUUAGUUUCUAUUAAUUUUUGUAUGUUAUAUCACCUGUGCCCUAUAUAAAUAUAAUAUAUGAUUAAAUUAAAAUUAAAAGCAACUCUAAAUUGUUACUUUCAUUUGCAGUUUGUAACCGCAAAAUCUUUAACUAAUGCAUAAAUUGAUAAAAAUAACCCACAACUGUUUUGGUAAUAUUAUCGAGACUAAACCACCCACACUUCAUGCGGUGCAACAAUACACAUCACACUCGUUAGAUACAAAAGUAAAUAAUGUAAUUUAUGAAUUACAAUUAAAAAGGAAAAUUAGCCACAUGAAUCCAUCAGCUAUCACCCAUCAUACGAGCAGUGUAUCUAUCUGGAAAAAGUGGCAAACUGUACAUAUUGCAUUGAUU